UUUGUUUCUUCAGAGCCACUACCAGGAAAGGAAACCAAAAUAACCCACAAGCUGUUUGAACAAGUCUGUAAACUGGAGAGAACUAAAGAGAUCAAUAUAUAGACUUGCGCUGUAUGAGUGAAAGUGUGUGCAUGUGAAUGAGUUAGAAUUGUUAAGUUUCCAUCAUGAGUCUCAAAAGCAGGAGAUUCUCGCUGGACAGCUGUGUCUGUCUGGAUGGAGCUGGAGUCCUCGGUGGAAGAAGAGGCAGCAGCAGGUUUAGCAGUAAGAAAUCUAGGCACAGCCAGAGUCUGGAUGACGCCCGACUGGAGAUCCAGGAGCUUAAUAAAAGCCUCAACUCCACAAUGUCCGUCAGGGAACAAACCAUAACAGAGGAGAGUCUUGAGCGAUCAAAUGAACUUACCAACAAUCAUAGCUUCCUGAAGCGCAAUAAAAGCUUCCACAAGCUGUUCCCAGAGAUUACUGAGGGGGAGAACCCGACACACUGGUUCAUCUGUGCAUUGCAGAAGGAGGUGCUGUAUCAUGGAAAACUCUUUGUAACCGAGAACCAUGUGUGUUUCCACUCAACCGUGCUGCUCAAAGACACUAAGGUUGUGAUUCCUACGUCCAGUGUCAGGGAGGUGAAGAAACACAACUCGGCUUUGUCCAUGAUAUCUAUCCAAACUGCUGAUGGAGAGAAGUACUCAUUUGGGUCUCUGAGAAACCGUGGGAUGUGCUACAAACUCUUCCAAAGUAUCUGCUCACAUGCACAGCAGGGAGAGAGUCCAAACAGCAGCCCUCAUCUCUCCUCUGCAGAGAAUGAAGCCGAUCCUGAUGUGGUCUCCAGUUAUUCCAGUUUGGAAGACAGCAUAGAUAAUGAUCUGAGCAGACAAAACAGCAUUAUUCUUAAGAAGCGUUUUCAUCAGAUGUCCAGUGAAGGUCCCACAAGAAGCAGUUCCACUCGUCAGAGCAGCUUAACAGAUGAAGACAACAGAGCUGUGUCAUGGAUUUGGAGGGUCAUUGACAAGGCGGCACCGUUCUUGUUCCUCAGAGAAACAAGGAAUCUCAGCGCUCUCUUCUACAUCUAUAUGAUACUACUUGUGUUGCUGCUGUUGGUGUCUGGGUACAUGGGGCUGAGGAUCAUAGCACUGGAGGAGCAGCUGACCACUUUGGGAGCCUUGACUGAGUUGUCUUUGCACCACAGAGAGUACCAAGAAACGUAGCCAGUGGCAGAGGGUGGUAAUUAACAGAACCUUCUAGGAACUCAUGCAAUGUACCACUCUAUUAAGAUCGUACUUUGAAACCUGACAGACCCCCAAAAGCCUCUUAACAAUGAGACUGUCCAUUUGACAUACAGUACAUCUUGGCCAAAGACAUUUACAAUAUUUUGCAUAUAUAAGUUCCCUCACAGUAGAUAUUAAACUCCUGUAUUAGUGCCAUGUAAUGUAUUUGAUGGAAGUCAGCAGUAAGAUGUUUUUGGGAUGUCUGAACCAGGCCACACGUGGUGAACUACAUGGAUGACUGACUGUGCUGGCUGAGAAGUACCAGGACAGUAUUUUCCGUGAGGCAUGCACUGAUUCUCUGCUGACAGAUCAAAAACUGAAGUGAGGCUCUCCUGCACUGAGCCAUAUGGAGGCAUCCUGCUGAAGCCAUGUUUGUUUCCUGGCUGGUGAACAGCUGAGCUCAGCUUGCAGAAGUUGCUGGAGUCUUGACCGUCAUUUUCUUGGAUCGACACAGCCUACAACAGUGGGAACAGACCAGAGUCGCUCUGAACAGGAAGAUGAAAGAAGCACUUUGCUGUUGGUUGAUUUUAAAUAGUAUAUUUUGAAUUUGAGGGUUCACACUAUUUUUUUACUGCUGGAGGCUAAUGUGUUAAUGACAGCAAUCAGCCAGCAGAGGGCAUCCACUUCCAUUAAACCUAACUGACACAUGAGGUACCAAGACAGGAUUUCAUUUACACUUUAAGAGGUUC